CAUUACCACCGUCCAUGCUUAAGAAGCACCCCUAAAUUAUAUUUAAAAUCGUCCAAAAGUGUGCUACCCUUUUUAAGUUUUCAUCAAGCCCCCUCAUUCGAUUGGAUAUUCCAGUAUUCAGUGAACCGGAUCCUUGACCCAGAGAAUCCCAUAUCCACUACGAACAGUACAUACUUCCCCCACUCCCGUUUUCUCUCCUCUCCUUGGAAUUUUUACUCAGUGAAGAAUAUGAGAGAAGAAGUCAUCAGCUCUGGCGGGACUUUGGAUCCCACUCCGGCUGCAAGUUCUGCUGGGGCAUCCUCGCCUGCUGUCCCAACAAAUAUUGGCAGUAUAGAUUGGUCUGGUCAUGGACAUACCUCUAAGGCAGCUUCUCUCUCUUGUGUUGGUUCUCAACCCCCAUGGAAUUCCUUCGGCACAAGUGUUGGGGGUUAUGAACGUGGAUCAUCAAGACCUUCCUGUAGGCCCUGGGAAAGAGGGGAUCUGUUGAGGCGUUUGUCCACCUUCAAGCCUUCGAAUUGGUUUGGAAAGCCAAAGGUUGCUAGCUCAUUGGCUUGUGCUCAGAGAGGUUGGGUGAAUGCGGAUGCUGAUAAAAUUGCUUGUGAAUCAUGUGGUGCACACUUGAGUUUUGUUCUGCUGCCAUCCUGGAAACUUGCUGAAGUUGAAAAUGCCAGUGAAGCCUUUGCCAAGCUGCUGGAUGGUGGUCAUAAAGUCACCUGCCCUUGGAGAGGUAAUAGUUGUCCUGAAAGCUUGGUGCAAUUCCCACCAACACCUCAGUCUGCACUGAUUGGGGGAUAUAAGGAUAGAUGUGACGGACUUCUACAGUUUCAGUGUCUCCCUAUUAUGGCUGCAUCUGCGAUUGAGCAGAUGCGAGUUUUUCGGGACUCACAGAUGGAGCAUUUUCUGUCUCAGACUGGGGGAGUUGAUUUUAAAACUGAUAGCAUAUCAGAAAUAGAGAUCUUUCGAGAUGCUUCAUUCUAUAUUUAUUUAUGUGCUCAGAAGCUUAUAAGUCUGUGUGGAUGGGAACCAAGAUGGCUUCCUAAUGUUCAAGACUGUGAAGAGCAUUCUGCUCAGUCGGCUAGAAAUGGAUGUUCUGUUGGCCCCACCCUGGGUCGGGUCCGUAUUUCACAGGAUCCUGGAUCAAGCAAGAACGCACUUUCUGCUUCAGCCCCAAAAGACACUGGAAAGAAUAAAAUACUAGCUGCGGAGUCUAGAUGUGAACAGAGAUCGCCUCUUUUAGAUUGUAGUUUGUGUGGGGCUACUGUGAGAAUAUUGGAUUUCUUAACCGUUCCUCGUCCCGCUCGUUUUGCUCCCAGCAACAUUGAUAUUCCUGAGACGAGCAAAAAAAUGGGAUUGACACGUGGAGCAAGUGCAGCCAGUGGAAUUAGUGGUUGGGUUGCUGCUGAUAAUACAGAGAAAGAACAGACUGAGGACCAUGAUGAAGUUGCAACAACAGAAGAGGGAAGAUUGUUGCAGAACUCAGUGAUUGAUUUAAAUCUUACAAUGGCUGGGGGUCUAUCUUUUACACAGGUUGACAGGACUGCACAAAUGAAUACUAAUGAUGCGGACAUGGGAAGGGGUCUAAUUAUUGGCCAGCUUGCUGGCAGUGAGGUUGGUGAUCGUGCAGCUUCGUAUGAGUCUCGGGGUCCUAGCUCCCUUAAGCGAAGCCUUGAAAUUGGUGACAGCUCGGAUGAUAGACCACACUUGAGGAUGCAACAGGCUGAUAGUGUUGAAGGGACGUUAAUUGAUCGUGAUGGAGAUGAAAUUACAGAUGGCAGACAGUAUCCAGCUGGGCCAUCAAAACGUUUUCGUGAAUCUGACAUUUUUGAUACCUAUUGUUCGCCAUAUGCAAGAGACUCUUCUGGCGUGGGUCCUAGCCAUUCAGUGGGUAUUGAAACUUAUACAGAUGGAAACAAAGCUGGUUCAAGCCGACAGGGAAAUGACCAUCUGAUAGGAGUCCCAUCAGCAAGAGAUUCUACACGGGCAUCUUCUGUUAUUGCAAUGGAUACUGUCUAUCACAGUGAAAAUGAUGACUCUAUGGAUAGUGUUGAAAAUUAUCCUGCAGAUGCUGAUGAUGUUCAAUUUCCUUCCUCCAGUACAUAUGGGAAUCUGGAAGUGUAUGAGACAUCAGAAUUGAAUUACAGUAAUCAAGCUCAGCGGAACAUAGGUUUUCGACCACCUGUAGAAUUAGUUCGUGGGGAGAUGGGUGUUAGUAGUACAAAUGACGGUGAAGAAGUUCUGAAUGCUGAAACUGUGACAGUUCAAGCUAGAGAAGGGAUUAGUUUUGGAAUCAGUGGAGGAAGUGUUGGAAUGUGUGCCAGCCAUGAAGCUGAAAUUCAUGGGGCGGAUGCUUCUGUGUAUAGAGUGCAUAGUGUUGUUGGCGAUCUGGAACCCAGAGUGGAUGAUGUUGACAAUCAGGGUCAGACUGGUGAAUCUGCUUCAGUUCCUGGGUUAAUGGAUGAAUUUGUUCCUUAUGAAACAAGCCGAGGAGAUCCCCAUGGUGACAACCAGGAAAUGUUGUCUCAUUCCAUAAGAAGGGCUGAUAGUGGCUCAAAAAUUGAUGGUGUUUGCAAGGCAGAGUCUAUUGAGAGUGGUGAAAAGAUAAGUCAAAGCUGCAAGUUAGGCCUUGAUAACCGCGCUCAUCCUUCUCUUUCUUGCAAUGCUAUGGUUGACUCUGGUCAUGAAACGACCAACAAAGAGGUUGCAAAGGCUGGAAAGUCAUCAUCCACCAAUAACUGUGGAUACCUACCAUCGGAAUACGCGAUAGAGCCACCAAAAGGGGAAAGCAAUUAUGAAGAACCCAUAGAAUUUGAUCCUAUUGUCCAUCACAACCAGUUCUGCCCCUGGGUGAAUGGAAACGUUGCUGCUGCUGGGUGCAGCAACUCUGUUCCCAGCACUAGCACUGAUGCUGUUGCACUUUGUGGAUGGCAACUGACCUUGGAUGCAUUGGAUGCUUUGAGAUCCCUAGGGCACAUCCCACUAAUGACAGUACCGUCUGAGUCAGCUGCAUCCUUGUGCAAGGGUGACCACGGGCCUCCUGUUCAGAAACACAGUUGAUGACACUCCAUGAGCAAAAGCUAAGGACAUCAUUAAUAUUCAAGCUCAAUAGAAGGAUCAGAAGGAAAUCAGAUCUUUGAAGCACAUCGCAAGAUGUAUGCUUUGUUAUGAGAACUGCUAUAGGUCGAAGUUGUGGCUUCCUUGUCAAUUAUAUAAUGUCAAGGUAAAUUAUGUUAGUAGUGAAAUAUAGUCGUGUUACCCUUCAGCACUAACAUACUCGACUUUUGAAUGUUUUUCUAUUUACUUCCUGUCGAGUGGUGUUUAGAAUACAGAGUAGUACUUUCCAGUCGGUGAUGAGAGUACAGAACUGCCAAGGAAGUAUAAAUUUUAUUCUUGCUGCAGCUUUAGUUUGUUUUUCGGAAUGGGAACUAUAAUUAUUGUCCCGGUUAAUAUUACAUAUUCAUUGUAGGAUUCUGAGCUUUUGGGUUAGUAAUUUGUUACUCUCUAGCAAUCAGAAGCUGAUUGUAGACGGAUAAUUAUUCAUGUAGACAGGAAGAACAUCUGUACUUUUUCCAAAAGAAACUUUGGUUGAAAUUUAGGUGUUUCUUUAUGUU